AUGACCUCUAUAAACCAUGAUAAUAACUUGUGCCUUGUCACCCAUCACCUCCCCUCUUCCACUGCUUGCCACUGCCCUGACCAUGUGCCGCCUGGGGAGCUUGACAAUAAUUUUGACAAAAUUUUGAACCUUAAAAUUACCUCAAAUAACAACCCUACUAACAUCCUUAAUAACCUCUGCUCCGGCCUCGAAAAGUUUCUCGGCUUCAACUCUGACUCCAAAGGCUACGACGGCACUGGGAUUGUGUACUCGGACCUGGACAGGCUGUGUGACGGGGUGAUGGGAUUUUUGAGUGGUGUUCUCAGUAACAUCCAAGGCCAUUUAGGGCAGCAUAAAGAUACAAUAGAGCCUGUAAUUAAGGUACUUGAAGAGAAAAAACACGCCGGUAAAGAAGGUUUUAAUGCUGCGAUUGAAAGUGUGGUCGCAGGGGUGCGGGAGUAUAAUGGUAAUGUAAAGUCUUCUAAUGAAGCAGUGAUUGAGCCCCUUCAAUUACUGCUCGACUACACCAAGAAAAAUGGAGGUGAGUUGAUUACUAGCAUUAAUAAUAUUCAGGCUGAGAGUCAUCGUCUGGAUCCACAGCUGGCCGACGCCGUAAGGUCCUGCGGGGACCGGCUGAAGGAGGCCACAGAGAGGAGCAAGAGGUGCGCGGAAUUUCUGGACCCCAAGGCAAAUAACAACACUAAGAUGAAAAAAAACAUUUAUGACCUUAAUGAUAAGUUGCGUGACAAAGUGUUGCAUGUUCGUAAGCUUGUUGAGUACGAGAGCCAGCGGCUGGCCAGCGUGCAUAAGCGGAAAGACGCUGAGUUGAAGGAGACGACGGAGAAGAUUAAGACAAGUUUUCGCAAUCUCAAGAGCUGCAUCAACAAGCAGGUGGGUGACGAUAUAGAUAAGCUUGUUAAAAGUUUAAUGGUGAGGGUGCAGAAAAUUUUGAAGAAGCUGAGGGAGAUUAGUAGCAAUUUAGAGAAGUAUAUCAGUGAGCUGGGAGCGUGGAUAAAGGAGGCCGAGGAGUUCGCUACUGCGGCGUUGGAAAGGAUUAAUAAGAUAUUAAAACACAUGGAUGGGACUGCAAGUACGUAUACCAUGAAUAUAAAAACGGCGGCCGAGUCACUUGGUCGGGAUGUUGAGGACCUUCACAGGGCUGGCAAAAACGUGAAAGAUAAUAUUGCGGAUUGGGUGACAAAGGGAACGGAGAAAGCAAAACAGCUGGAAGGUUGGAAGACAGCGGCGCAGAGUGUUAUCAGUGAAGCUGUUAAGAAGGCGAAAGAGGUGCACGAAGCGUUGGAUCAUGGACAACAUGAUGCACUAAAACAUGAACUUGGUUACAACCUCGAGGAAAUACGGAAGGCAGGAGAAGCAGUUGGCGCCGCUAAUAAUAAGCUGCAGCAGUAUGUUGGAGAGUUGGAGCAUUGGAAUACGGAGGCCACGGAUGUAGUUGGCAAGGCGGAUGCAAAAUGUAGAGAAUUAUUUAAAAAAUUGGAUGACACGUAUGUAACUAAUCGUAUGAAUGGAACAAAGAUAAGGCAGGAAGCUAUGGAAUUAGAAAGAAAAGGCAAAGCGUUAUUGAACGCUUACAAUAAAGCGCAUACAGGUCUUGGGUCCUUAGUCAGAAAUAUUAAGGAGCAGGUAAAUGGACUAAAAAAACACAUUGUCAAAGAUUUGGAGUUGUUGAAAGGUCAAGUCGAGAAGGGAAUUGAAACGCAUGUCAAAAAAAUUAUAAACGCAGUAUUGGGAGCAACGGAAAAAUCUAACAUGCUAGAAUACGAUAGCGCAUUAGGUCUUAAAGAUUUGCAAAAUGGUGUACAAUUAACGGAUGCAUGGAAAAAAAUUUUUGAGGGCCUCGACGUCAGCUUGAAACAAAAUUCAAUUGCGACACAUAUUGAAAUGCUGUUGUUACAAUUAAAAAGCAAGCUAGGUGGGCAAUAUAAUUACGACACUUUGUCUGAAGUUUCAGGCCUUAAGAAAACGCUUACAAACAUUAUUGAAGAGUUCAAGAAAGCAUCAAGUGAACCGUUCAAGGAUCCUACAACAAUGACACGCGAAAGUGAUGAAUUCAUGACAGUUAUGCAUAACUAUCAUACAAACAUACAAGAUAAGACGCUGCUGCAAAAGAUGAUUGGCAACGUUAAUGGCGCGCUUAAAGAUUUCGAGAAACUGGAGGCUUUCAGAGAUAAAGAACAAACUGCCCAAAGACUCACGAAUGGCGCUAUUGAUGAUGCUGAGAAAGCUGUUAAAAUGCAUGUAACUACGAUUAUAAGUGAGCUGAAGGAGGCCGCUUGGUUCAUUGAUAAGAGCAAGAACAACGGCAAUACUCCUAGCGGUUACAGCGGUGACAAAAAUGGUAUCAAAGAUUACAUGGUUUUGCUAAGCAACGGUCUUGGUGAUACGUCGAAUUGGAGAUCACACGGAACUGGUAAAGUGUCUGGCCUCCAAACGAUCACUACUGCUAUUCGGCAAUUGCAUCAAGACAGUCUGAACAGAAGCAUCACAAUCACCGGUGGCAUCGGCAACAUUGGGAUUGAGCUCACCAACCUUCGAAAUAACAUCUUGCUCAACAGUGACAAGAAGGACGUGAUCAACAGAUUGGAAGAUCUGCAUGACGCCGGCUUUGCCAAUAAUGAAACCUGGCCUGAUCAAGCAUCCACCAAGGGCCUCGAGACCAUCAAGCAAGACAUCACCAACGCUCUCAGUGACAUACAAACCCAGGUUACCGAUAACCUGGGAAUCCUCACCACCUUUGAUGAGGCAGCUCUCAAACAGUUCGAAGCGGUGAAGGAGAAUCUCACACAGCUCUGCGAGGCCAUCAAAACUGAAGGCACAUACGGCGUGGAUAAUCUCAGGGCAUUGCUCAAUACGACGAUAAAGGAGAAAUUGGCGCGUAUUAAGAACAAACUUGGUGAGCUACAAACCUUUGAUUUAAGCGCUGCAAUCAGGGAUGCUGAGAACUUCCUCACCAGCGCCGAUCCAACAGCCCAGGCAACAAUCACGUCAAUCAGAGGCGUAGUAAGCUCCAACGUCGAAGAAGCCCAGAACGAUCUCAUCACCCAAGUCAACAAGAACUACGUCACGUCAGUGAAAGCCAUUCUGCUAGAGUUCGCGGAGAAAGCCGAGAAGGAGUUGGCGCCUCUACCUAAGGAAAUCACCGACGAUUUGGACAUCGGUUACAAGGGGUUCAUGAAGAAAUUUGAGAAGCACUUCGUAACGCACGAAAAGUCAAUCAAGACCAUCAAAGACAUAAAUCCUAAGCCCGUUGCGCAAGAAAAAUCACCAAUGAGUCAGGCGGCAGCAAAGUUCUUUGGAAGCCUAAAUAGGUUUUUGCAUGAUCUAGAGAAGCAGCCGGACUUCAAAACGGACUAUGAAAAAAUUAAGCCAACACGUGACGCGCUGGCUAAGUUGUUCGGAGAUCUUGUCACUUCGGAGUACUUCAAUCACGAGUUUUCUCGAAAUCUAUCGGCGCUGAAAGUAACGCUCAGUGAAUUGAAGCCUUCAUUAUAUGGUGAAGGGAAUACCCCUUCGCUUCUCAAUGCUCUGAAGAACGGUUUCACGACUUCGGCAACGGAGCUCAACAAUGCGUACAUCUCGACCUACGACAGUGAGAGGUUUGGUGCUGAGCUCGUCGAAAAAGAUAAACUAACAGCGUACGGAACCAAGUUAAGUAAGGUCUGCUU